CGCUCGCCGCCGGGGAACCACGUCGUCGCGAACGGGUUGGGCUACGCGGGCCACAGUCGCGGGUCGCGGGGCGGUGUGUUCAGGUCGACGGUUUGGACGUGGUGUGGAGGAGAUCGGAGAGCCCCGCGCGGACCUAUGCCCGCCCUGAGCAUGGCGGCGGCCGCGGUGUCCCACUGUCACGAUCCCGCAGGGCAGGCAAAGAUCGACUGCUGCCAGAACGACGGGCUCGUGUCGUUCUCGGUAUCGCGUGGCGUGCAGGAGACCGGGGCCGUGAUCCUCGACGCAGAAAGCGAGGGUUCGACUCCCCCGGCCACCCUGCCGGACCAGGCCGAAGACGGGGACGAGGCGGCGACGGACCAUGUCGUACCCGUGGGGGACAUCGAUGCACCGAGGCCGCCGAAGCCCCACCACCCCGCUUGCCGCGGCCUGCCGCACCGCUAUCGCAAGGUGGGAGGGGGCUUUGGCUGGCGGCCGAGCCUGCCGCACGCCCUGGAGGCCCCGACCAUGCUCGCCCCGGGGCGGGCAAGGUCCUGGAGCUGGGGUGGCUGCGGCCUGGGCGGCUACUUGCCCGUCCAUUGCAUGGACAUGUCCACCCUGCUGACUGCUCUGCCGCCCAUAGGGCCACCUCCACACUGUAUGCCUCCACAGCCCCACAUUGGAGAUCACCAGUUUGAGACCCAAUUGCGCCUGCUGGAUUUGAUCAAUAAAUCGGGCUACCAAAUUGAACAGUUCAACGGGCAGAGGCGGACCGGCCCGCCCAGUGACUGGAUGGGACCCUCUCCAGCACCUGGCUCGGAGAUUUUCAUCGGCAAGAUUCCAAGGGACUGCUACGAGGACGAACUCUUCCCGCUGCUGAUGCCACAUGGUCGCCUCUACGAGCUUCGGCUCAUGAUGGACUUCUCGGGGACCAACCGGGGGUUUGGAUUCGCCCAAUACGCCAACCCCGAAGAGGCCCGAGUGGCCGUACGCGCGCUGGACGGAUACGAGAUCCGGCCCGGCAAGUUUCUGGGUGUUAUGAAGUCUAUGGACAACAGGAGACUGUUCAUCGGCGGUCUCCCAAAGGAGAAGACGCGGGAAGAAAUCCUGGCGGAAUUGUCGAAAAUUCUGCCGGGAAUUGAUAUAGUGGAUGUCAUUCUCUAUCCCUCCGUGGUGGAUAAAACCAAGAAUCGGGGUUUUGCAUUUGUGGAAUUUCGAACCCACAAGGACGCCGCCAUAGCGCGACGCAAGAUGAUCCCUGGCGGGGUGGUCCUCUGGGGCCACGAGUUGGCUGUGGACUGGGCCGAGCCGGAGCCGGAAGUCCCAGAAGAUGUCAUGAAGACAGUCAGAGUUGUCUACAUGCGCAACCUCAUGUUGAGCACUCCAGAGUCGACUAUAAGGGACAUCAUUAUUAGGGUGGCAAAAGUGCCUGGAAGUGCGAUUGAGAAAGUGAAGAAGUUAAAGGACUUUGCAUUUUUGCACUUCACUGAAAGGCACUAUGCUGAGCUGUGCCUCAAUAGGCUUGAUCGGUACGUAAUUGAUGGUUCUACUGUAUCACUCGUGUGGGCUAAACCCCCAAGGGACCGAGUGCUCCACCGAAGGAAUAAUUCCUCCACUUCGGAAGAUGAGGUAGCACCCCGGAGACAUGUGGGUGUCGGUCACAGGAGAGCCAUAACUUCUGGGUCUACCCACAGCCUUCAGCCGCCUUUCAAUAGCUGGAAUACUCUGGUUGCAAUGUGUGGGUCAGAACCACUGGCGGAUGUGACCAGCUGGCCAAGCCCCACAACUCCUGGUGGUCUUUGUUUUUUGGCAAGGGUAGGCAUAGGCUGUGCUUAAGACUUGU